AAAAAUGGCGGAUUUUUUUAAACCGGUAGAAAAGCUUAUGCUUAUUUUCUGUUAGACUUUAAGGAGUUUCUUCACCUUGGAUCACAAAUUCAAAGUCGUUGGGCCCGAAUAUUUUGUGGUCAAUAGUUGAGCUCUACUGGCGACACGGUUUUUUUGUUAAGUGCCUUGACAGUUCACGGAAAGAGUUGUUAACUGCUCGCUUCAGUAAGCAUCGCUGGAAUUUCUUCCAAGCUUUGUAUUCUUCUCGUCAUUCUUCCAUUGUGCAUUGGAAAAGCGGAAAGAGACAUACUUAGGCUUUUAUUCUGUAGAGAUAAACUGGACAAAUUUACCCUGGAAUGAUUACUUUGUUGUAGGUUUAAGCAAGAUUAAUUGAUGGACUAAUAUCAACAAAUUAUAUCUGUUAAAUCAACAUAGUUGUGUUUCAGCAGAGAGGCAUAAACAGCUGGGGAACUUGUCUCGGUGGAUGUAUCAAAACAUUAUCAUACUGCCGUUUUGUGACUCUGUUCUUACUUUUGUGUUAAAGCAGUUAUUCUGACAAACAAAGAAUUAAGUUUAUGAAACUUCUCAAAACAAAAUCAAAUUAAGGUUUGAGUGACCAAACAGUAGCUACAAAGAGGCUAUAAGUAUGGCCCGGCCACAGAAACGUGGUGGAUAUUCUGAUACAGACUCUUUAGUGACAGAAAAUGAUGAAUGUGGAGAAGAAGCUGAAAUACCAGUGGCUUCUCAAGUGGAGGAACCAUCAGAGGAAUUGCAAGAAAAAACUAGCAUCAUUAAGUGGACUGGCCCCAAUAAGAAGCAUCCAUUGAUUAAUUUCUCUCCCCAUGUUUUAUUACUGACUUUGCCUCCAGAAUCAAAAGCAGAAGCAGAAAAAUAUCAUUUGACUUACAAAUUUGUCAAGACAGAAUGCAAACUUGUACGAAGUAUCUUGAAUGUUCACUGCUUUAGAGAGGUUCAUCCCAACAGUUCAAACUUUAAUUUGAUGUGGACUGGCUCACACAUCAAGCCUCACACUCUCAGAGGUCUCCAGGAUUUCCAAAAGAUCAACCAUUUUCCAAGGUCUUAUGAACUGACCAGGAAGGACAAGUUGUACAAGAACAUUCAACGAAUGCAACAUUCAAAAGGUGUCAAACAUUUCGAUUUCAUACCAGAAAGUUAUAUCAUACCUGAGGAGUUUAAUGAGUUUAAUGCGGCAUUUCUAAAGGACAGAAGGCCAUGGAUUGUAAAACCUGUUGCCUCUUCACGCGGCAGAGGAAUUUAUCUAGUCAAUCAUCCGAGCCACGUUCCACUUGAUGACAAUCUCUUAGUCUGCAAAUACAUCAGUAAUCCGCUGCUUGUUGAUGGUUUUAAGUUUGACCUGAGACUGUAUGUUGGUGUGACAUGUUUUGAUCCUGUCAGGGUGUAUCUCUAUGAAGAAGGUUUGACAAGAUUUGCCACUGUGAAAUAUGACAGGACGGGCAAAAACAUUAAGAAUGUUUGCAUGCAUUUAACAAACUACAGUGUCAACAAGAAAAAUGCAGAUUUUGUCAGGUGUCCAGAUCCUGAAGUUGAAGAUUUUGGAAACAAGUGGAGCAUGAGUGCCAUGUUGCGUUACCUCAAACAGAUUGGCAAAGACACCACAGCUCUUAUGAUGAGAAUAGAAGAUGUAGUGGUGAAGACCAUCAUUGCUGGAGAGCUUCACAUCGCCUCUGCCUGUAAAAUGUUCAUGCCCUAUGCAGGAAACUGUUUUGAAAUAUAUGGCUUUGACAUCCUCGUGGACGAAAAUCUACGUCCGUGGUUGCUGGAAGUUAAUUUAUCUCCAUCUCUUGCUUGUGACUCGCCGCUGGAUCUGAAGAUCAAGUCUCAUCUAGUAUCGGACAUGUUUAAUUUAAUUGGUUUUACAGCUCAUGAUCCAAUGGUUCGUAAACUUCCUAACCGGCGAUUUGUUGCUGAUAAUCCACCAAAAAACAGAUAUCAGAGGCAGCGAUCAGCCACAGCUGGUGGAGUUGUGAUGCCAAACUCACGACCCUUGUCUUCAGGAACGAGAAGAAAAACUGAAGAUGGUUUGUCAGCAGAGGAAGCAAGAAUAUUACGUCACACGCGCGAAGAAUUCUCCAGGAGGGGUGGUUUCGUCCGCGUUUUCCCUUCCCCUGACUCCUGGGAGCUCUAUGGGUCAUUUCUAGAGCAUCGUACAACCCAUAAUCAUAUGUUGCAUUCAAAACUGUUUCCUGGAAGAAAAUCCUCCCUUCAAAGACCCAGUACAGCAAGCUUUUCCUCGGCAAGUGCAAGGGCAAGGAGCAUAGCCUUGUACGGAGCUCCUCAGUCUAAAGUUAAUGUGAUAGUUGAACCUCCUGAGGUUUCAGGGGAUGUCUCUCUUGGUAUCAAGGAAAGACUUAUUUGUUACGAGAGAAAACUAGACAGUUGGAGUCCGUCUCUCCUCCGAACGAAUAAAGCCCUUGGCAGCACGACUCCGAGUGCAAGUACCCCCAACACAAGCCAAGAGAUGUCAGAGAAACCACGUGAUACUUCCAUCGCGCGCACUACCCCCGAUGGACAAGUGGUGACGAAUUACAUGGAAGGAAAAUCGGUUUCUUAUCCUGGAGGACCAAAGCCCUCAUUGGACUCAGAGGGAAAGGCACCGCCGUAUCGAGUGUCCUCAGCAAGCCCUCAACCAAGACCCUUCCAGGAAGCCACGCGUGUGCAGAAGCCACCACUACCAAGCAGCGGCGAAACAGUGUCAAAACGUGUCUUAUCCGCGCAGCCGCGAUACCAACCAAUCAGAGUGGAGGAAAUCAUGGCAAAGGCGGGAACCCUGACGAAGCUGCAAGCCAGGCAGGCAUUUGCAAUGUAUUUACAAAGAGUUCAACAAAGACUGAUGCACGAGACAAGCUAUGACUCAGAUGAUUCCAGAGAUAGUAGAGAAUCCAAACAAGACGACCAAAUGAACUUGGUGAUUCGUUUCCUGAAGAAGGCAGCGAGCAAUUUACAACAGCCUUUCAAAGUUGUUGUACCGAGCCACAAGUUACCGUUACAUGACAGGCGGAGAAUUUUGGCUAAACAGCUCGGGGAUUUCGUCCGCGUCUAUGGAAAGGAGACCAUGCAAUUUCAAAAGCGACUAGAAAUCAACCGCACGUAUGGGCUAUCAAGAAGCAACUCCUUCACCGGUGAAAUCCCGGAUGAAGAGUUCAAGGUCUUUAUGGCAAUUGCAAGCGAGACAGAGUUGGAAGAUCUUUUAACUACGUAUACCAAAUUGAACAAAAACGCCAGCGUGUUUCUAGGAGGCCGGCCAGAGAGGAGCUCGGAAGAGAGUUCAACUAAGGCACCUUCAAACGACUCUGGUCUGCACAGGAGAAAAGAAGGAGACAGGUACUCCAGGAGCUCAAAUCCCACCCCGGAUGGGGACUUCAUCAGGCCCACAGAGGACCUCAGCAGCACGGGACCCAUGGUCACAGAUCGACACGCACGGGCGCUAACAGCUGUUUCAGCGUAUGGCACCUCGGUGGCCCUUAACAAGACCCGACACAGGCCAAUGUCGGCCAAGGUUGCAGGUUCACCAGGAGCUGAUAGAAUAAAUCAGGUUGGUCGUCCUGUGUCAGCCAAGCCAUACUCACGUUUCACGAAAACAGAUGAAGACUCUGGUGACCCUAGGAGCUUGGUUGGAGCUCAUACUCACAGUGUCCAGCGGAGUCGCGUUUCCUCGGCACCAGUCCGACGCCUCAGUCAAGGAUCAGACAAUGAGCCCAAAGGUCCCAGUGUUGCUGAUGAGCAUGCAGUCACCUCUGCUCUUCAGCGGUUGGCCAAACGACAGGCUGCGCGACAGUAUUCUGCACACAACACUUCUGGCCGCAGUGGAAGUAACUGGGACGAAUUGUUUAAAAAGAUGGACUUCAAUCACGAGGUCGAAGUUACCUCCCCUCUCAAUGUAGAUGAGUUCAUCAGUGUCCGUGACGACUCCACCAAUCCGUGGUCACAUCCUGACGGGAAAGCACCACGAUCUGCUCACAGACCACAUGACCGACAUGCAAGUGCGAACGCCACGUUCGAAACAUUUGUCAACCACGACCAACAGCUUGACGGCAGUCAUAGUCACGUGGCUUGGUUUAACAGUGCUGCUGACCAAGGCCGUUCCUAUACUGCAGGUGCACGCUCUUCUGACGAGAAAACUAUUCAUGUUGACUUGAAAAGAGAGUACGACAAGACACAAGAAGUGGAAAGACAGGAGAGAAAAACAGCUGGCGAAGCAGUUAGAGGUCCAGCUGUUUCAAGAGAGGAGUAUAACAGACAAAUGAAAGUCUUAAGUCAGAAACUUUCCGAAGAGAAGGUUCGCCUACAGAAGCAGUUACAGCAAUAUCCAUGCUUGCCACGCCCACCAGCUGCUCGACCGAACCCAGGCCCCAAGAAAGUUCUUAGCCACAACAGAAUGAUUAGGUUGGCUGCUUCCAAUCCUCCGCCCGUUUUUGACGUCAUCACUGGUAUGACAGACCUUCCAAAUGGUGAUUCUCUGUGAUAUCAGUGCUAAACUUCCUCAUGUUAAUUAUCAACUUGUCGUCACAAAGGAAGUUGUCUGAAGGAGGAUUCGUCCAGACGUGAAGAAACAUUUUACCACUCGGAACUCAUUUUAGCAGCGAAUUAUGUUACUUUUGUAUGUAAAGUCAGUUGCGCGCAAUUAAACGUGGAUGUCCCUGUAAUUGAACUGACUUUUUAAGUCUUGAGUUCAGGAGAAUUGCCAGGUUUCGUACGUAAAAUCACAAGAAAAACUACUCAUUAAGUUCAUCGCACAUUUUUAUUUCAAUAAAUUAACAAUUUCUGCGAUGGGAAACCAAACCAAUCAGAAAGUCAGUAUUUAAAUAAAGUUAUCCUAAAG